AUGCUGCUCGUCCCAUACUCCUGCCUCCUGUGGCUGUCCACCAGUGGCUUCAGGGGCAUCCAGGCUGAGAACCCCAGCCAUGAUGUAAACAUGAGGAGCCCUCACCGUGGCCUGGCCCCAGCCAAUGUUGACUUUGCCUUUAGCCUGUAUAAGCACAUGGUGGCCUCGGCUCCUGGCAGGAACAUCUUCAUUUCGCCUGUGAGCAUCUCCAUGGCCUUGGCCGUGCUGUCCCUGGGCGCCGGUGGUUCCACGCGGACCCAGCUCCUCCAGGGCCUGGGCUUCAACCUCACUGAGACCCCUGAGGUGGAGAUCCACCGGGGCUUCCAGCACCUCCACCGCCUCCUGGGAGAGUCGGACACCAGCUUGGAAAUGACUAUGGGCAAUGCGUUAUUCCUCGAUCGCCGCCUGGAGCUGCUGGAGUCCUUCUCAGCAGACACCAAGCACUACUAUGAGUCGGAGGCCUUGGCUACAGAUUUCCAGGACUGGGUGGGAGCCAGCAGACAGAUCAAUGAGCACGUCAAGAAUAAGACGCAGGGGAAGAUUGUGGACCUAUUCCCGGAGCUGGAGAGCCCAGCCUCCCUCAUUCUGGUCAACUACGUCUUCUUGAAAGGCACGUGGGCGCAGCCCUUCGACCUGGAGAGCACCUCGGAGGAGGACUUCCAUGUGAGCAAGACGACCACAGUGAAGGUGCCCAUGAUGUUCCAAUCCAGCUUCAUCAAGUACCUUAAUGACUCGGUGCUCCCCUGCCAGCUGGUUCAGCUGGACUACACAGGCAACGGGACCGUCUUCUUCAUCCUUCCGGACAAGGGGGAGAUGGACACAGUCAUCGCCGCGCUGAGCCGGGACACGAUUCAGAGGUGGUCUGAGUCCCUGAGCUUGGGAGCUGAGUGUGGAAGGCAGGCCCCCAGUCGAGGCCCGCCAAGCUCCUUACACACAGCGGGGGCCAAUCGCCCGUCUCUGGUCCACGCCCAACAGGUGGUCCACAAGGCUGUGCUGCACCUUGAGGAGACGGGCGUGAAGGCAGCAGCUGCCCCCAUGGGAGGCCUAAAGCUGAUGGUCAGGAUGGGCCGGCCUCGCAGCAUCAAAUUCAACCGGCCCUUCAUCAUCACCGUCUUCGACCACUUCACGUGGAGCAGCAUUUUCCUGGGCAAGUUUGUGAGCCCGACCUGA